CGCGCCUUUGGAGUCGUGGACUUCUCUGUUUUUGGAUUUGCCACUUAUUUCCAGAUCUGCUGAAUCAAAACGAAGGUGAAAAGAUCAUCGAGAGGGAAAACCAGGAAGAUUUUUCUUGAAAAAAGCUCUUCUGAAUCCAUCAAUGGCGGCUUAAGAGUAAGGACAAGCAGACAAUCAUCAGAAAUGGCUCAAAAGGAAGGGGGAGUUUCAAGAACAACUGCUCCUCCACGUCCUACGUUAUCUCUGCCGCCACGUUCUUCUUUCGAGAAUAUCUUCAUCGGAGGAGCUGGUGCUAGUCCUGGUCCUAUGACGCUUGUUUCUAAUUUCUUCUCUGAUAAUGAUCCUGAGUCGGAUGUCCGGUCGUUUUCUCAGCUUCUCGCUGGGGCUAUGGGUUCGCCGGUGGCGGUUACGGGGUUCAGACCAAGCUUGUUGACGGAGAAUUCUUCCAAGGGAAGGGAUACGGGUGAUGGAGUUGAAAGAGAUUCUCGUCUUAAGCAGAGUAAUCCGUUAAGUUUGGUGGUUGCUCCGUCCAAUUUUUUUACAGUUCCACCUGGUUUAAGCCCUGCUACCUUGCUUGAUUCACCUGGGUUCUUCUCUCCUGGUCAGGGGCCCUUUGGAAUCUCCCACCAACAGGCCCUGGCGCACGUAACAGCGCAGGCUGCUCAGUCCCAAUCUCAGAUGCACCGCCAAGUUGAAUAUGCAUCAUCUCUAUCAGCAGCUCCUACAGCUUCAAUGGCACAACAUCCAUCCUUUCCUUCUGAUGCAACUACACAUGAACAUGCACCCGUAUCUUCAGAUUCCAAAAGCAACGUAAUGGAAUCAUCAGACUUGUCUCAUUCUGAUCAGAGAUCCCAACCUCUUACUGUUGAUAAGCCUGCUGAUGAUGGCUACAAUUGGCGGAAAUAUGGGCAGAAGCAGGUGAAGGGCAGUGAAUAUCCUCGGAGCUACUAUAAAUGUACUUUCCCCAAUUGUCCAGUCAAGAAAAAGGUUGAGCGUUCACUUGAUGGCCAAGUAACUGAGAUUAUCUACAAGGGUCAGCACAACCAUCAGCGACCUCAAUCGAACAAGCGAGGGAAAGAAAGUGGAAAUCAAAAUGGAAACUUACACUUUCAGGGGAAUCCUGAAGUUGGUUCUCAGUUUCAAUCUGGGGGCUUAAGCAGAUCAAGUGAGACUUUACCUGCUUCUUCAGUCUUUAGGAGAGAUCAGGAAUCUAGCCAAGUCACACAAGAACAAUUAUCUGAAUCAAGUGAUGGGGAAGAAAUGGGUGAUGCUGAAACAAGAGCACAUGAAGGGGAUGAGGUUGAACCUGAUCCUAAGAGACGGCACACAGAGGUACAAAUUUCAGAGCCACCUUCUUCACAGAGGACAGUUUCAGAACCCAGGAUUAUUGUGCAGACAACCAGUGAAGUAGAUCUUUUGGAUGAUGGCUAUCGGUGGCGGAAGUAUGGACAGAAAGUGGUCAAAGGGAAUCCUCACCCAAGGAGUUAUUAUAAAUGUACAAAUGCAGGAUGUAAUGUGCGCAAGCAUGUGGAGAGGGCUUCAACAGACCCUAAAGCUGUCAUAACUACGUAUGAAGGGAAACAUAAUCACAAUGUGCCAGCAGCUAAAAACAGCAGUCACAACACUGCCAACAAUAACUUCCCACAGUUAAGACCACCAACUGCUGUGACUGAGAAACAUUCCUUGCUUAGAACGGAUAUUGGAAACAAUGAACAACAACCUGUAGCACUUCAACGGUUAUAAGAAUAACAAAUGACAGUUUUUUGGUCCUUCUGACAAGAACGAAGGUUUAGCACACAGUGGUCAGAAAAAAUUACGUACUGUUUAGUAGGUGCACGGUGGUUGCAAGUUUCCUCUGUUGGGAUUUCAUGUAACAAAUUUCAGGUUAGAGGUUCUCGUGGUUUCUAAACCAACCAAGGAGAGAAGCAAACAAUGUGAAAGGGAAGCAAUCAGUUGAAGUCUGGGUGGGAAAAACCUAGAUUGAGUGCUGAAUAUUGCAAAGCAUGUAAACUAGUUGUAAUCAUGUUAAUUAUAUCAGAAUGAGUGAUGAUUUGAUGACACGUUGUAGGUAUUUUCCUUUUGCAAUUCUGUUCUUUUGUACAUUCUUUUGUACAUGGGAAUUCAGAAGUGAUUUUUUAUAUUGCC